AGACGCAGUGUGUGUGGCCCCUCCCUCAGUGACCCCCAAACCUCCGUCACAGAGUCCCACUGUUCAGCGUUCAGACCAACAUGCGGCCAAAACACUCGCUGGUUCACAGGAUGGCUGCAGCGCCGCAUCCAUCGCCUCUGGCCUUCAUCACCCUCCUCUUCAUCCUGCCAGGCGGCCCGCUGACGUCCGUCUCCUGUUUCAAGGUGACGGAGGGGGGCGUGGCCUCUCUGUCCUGUCAGUACUCGGUGAAGCGCUUCGGUCUGAGUCGGGUCUGCUGGGGUCGAAGCUGCGGGACGUUCUGGUGCAGCAACAUCCUGGUGCAGACGGACAAGACCGGCGUCGUCUCCAAGGCUGACGACAGAUACCGUCUUACGGGGGACGUCCUGGACGGACAGAUGGACCUGGACAUCGUGAACGUGAGGCGGACGGACAGCGGGCCGUACUGCUGCCGGGUCGACGUUGACGGCCUGUUUAACGACAAGAAGGUGAUCAUGAACCUACGAGUGGUCAAAGCUCCAUCCACCAAUCCUCCUCGCUCCACUACAACCACAGCAGUGACGACCGACAGAGUGACGGAGCUGAGGCCCACUGAGCUCCCCACAGAGCCCACCACCACAGUAAACUGGAGGACGCUGCUGUCGUCUCAGCUGGACCUUCUGAGGAGGAACUCCACUCUGCUGCGCUCUGAUGCCAUCACUGUGGAGGAUCCUCUGCCUUCACUCUCUCUGCAGAUCAACGCUCCGGUCCUCUCGCUCUCACUCAGCAUUUUGCUGGUCAUUGCUGCAGUUUUCCUCUUCCUGGCCUUCAAACGUGGCAUCUACAGAGGUGCGUUAAAGACAGGAUGUUUGUCCUCAGAUGAACCUCCUCACAUCAUCUAUGAGAUCCGGAUGAGAAGACCUGUGCAGGAGAACAUCUAUACGCUGGACUAGAACGUUCUGCAGGCCUCAAAAACAUCCCCGUCUUUACAAAAACAGUCCAGCCUGUGUUUUUUGUUUUCUGUGGUCUUUUACAGUGGCUUUAGAUAAGGGGUCUAGAAGGGGGGUGGGGGGGCUCUCCAGAGCAUGGCUGAUUACUGUGACGCUGUUGGUAGGAAAAAGGAAACGUUUCCUGUUUGCUGGUUUAUAUAAAGCUCUGUGUUUGUCUUUUUGUGCUGAAUUUUAAACUGUAAUUCAGGAUAUUUUUGUUUCAUCUUUUUAAACUGAGACUGGAAGGAUUAUUCAUACUGCUUUAAAGGUUACUGCAUUUUUUGGACUAUAAGGCAAACCUAAAAAACCUAAAAUCCUUACAUUUUCUCAUAAAUUGAUGGUGCUCCUUUUCUAUGAUCACCGCUGUGCUUACUGACUAAUUUUAUGAGGUAAGAUGCGCUAAUAAAUCUGAUAAAAUGUGUAAAUACGACUUUGGUUAACAACGAAGCCGCUCCGCUCAGUGGAUAUUAGGAGCAUUACGGUACAGUGUGUCACUACCUGAUAGGACCCCUGAGCUGUCUACCAGACUGCCUGACUGUAAUGUCUAAACCAGAAGUGCAUUCAGCCUCGAGUACGCACUAGCAACAAUAAAUCUAGUCAGUUAAUUCAAUGUAAAACUUUAUUUUGACCUUAUGUUAGAAACAGAGGAGGAGGAAACACACCGGCCAUGUUGCAAAGCAAAGCAGCAUACGCUCAUCCUACGCUAGCUUAGCUUUUCAUUUUAUUUUAAAUGUACACCAGAAGCAUAACGCUACGCAACGCCUAAAUUAGAUUGAAGUUCUACUUUCAGACGUGUCUAUGCUCCUGUUUGGCAGGAAAUAAACGGGAAAACAUCCUGUGUCAAAGUUCACUUCCAGAAGUAUCACAAAAUAAGAGUCGUUGAAAAUAAAGCACCAUUGAUGAUGUAGCUGUGACAAGCUAACAAACUAAAAUAUGCGAUUUCUAAUCGGAGAUCAAAACAUAGAAUAUAUUACAAAUAAUUUAAUACCUUACCCAUAUGUUUCUGAUAAUUUGUCCUCCUUUAAUUUAACCCAUGACGAAAGUCAGAGAAUCACGCAGCUGCGUACUUUGCAGCGUCUGGUGUAAAUUUACGUUUUUAAAAACACAUCUG